UUACAUUUAGAAGUAGAACAUGAAUAAAAUCGGAAGUGGAUAAACGGCUGAGGGGUUUAGUCGAUACGAAAGGCAAUGGCAAUGGCAAUGACGAGCGCUGUGCAUUUGCCUGUUAGAGGUAUGUCAAUGGUCGACAGCAGCAGCAGGUGCUCCCUUGGAUUCACAUCAGCAUCAAUUAGUAUUUCAUGUAAGAAGAAGAGCCCAUUUAGAUUGAGAGUGGCAGCUGCAAAAGCGUCAUCUUCUACCUUGGAAGCAGCCCAGGAAGAGGAGCAACAGGCAUUUGUUACUCCCCCACUGAAGGAAAAAUAUUUUUCAAAGGUGGUUCCUAUUCUACAGCAGGAGUUCAAGUACACCAACAAGAUGCAGAUGCCCAAGAUAAUAAAAGUAGUUGUAAACUGUGGAAUAGGGGAUGCCAACCAGAAUGCCAAGGCACUUGAAUCAUCCAUGAAAGACAUAGCUCUGAUAACAGGGCAGAGGCCUUGUAAGACCAGAGCUAAAAAAUCCAUUGCCAACUUCAAGAUCAGAGAGGGUGUGCCUUUGGGUCUUGCCGUCACACUUCGAGGAAACUUGAUGUGGAAUUUCUUGGACAGGCUUAUUAAUUUGGCAUUCCCCAGGACGAGGGAUUUUGAAGGCGUGAAUCCUAAUAGCUUCGAUGGGCAUGGAAAUUAUAGUGUGGGUAUCAAAGAACAGUUUGUGUUUCCGGAGAUUGUGUAUGAGACCAAAGUGGGUGGGGUAAGGGGAAUGGAUAUUUGCAUUGUAACUUCUGCAACUAAAGAUAAUGAGGCUCAAAAACUCUUAGCUUUGUUGGGGAUGCCAUUCCGUGACGGAGAUGCAGCACCAAUCAGAUUUUAGAGGUGGGCAAGGUUUAUGAUUUAGCAUGUCUUUAAUGUAUCCUCUCACCUCUUCUGUAAUUUGUUUUAGUGUCCAAAACGUGGAGGAUAUUGGGUUUUUUCUAAGAUUUUAACAGAAAUUGUGUAUCAACACGUAAGAACCCAUUUUGCCCAGACUAAAGUUGGCUUAAGUUUUUGCUAGAAAUAUUUUUAUGUUUUAACUUUGCUAUAAUUUAUUUUUGUUACAAUA